GUCAGCGCGCUCUCGCAGUCUAUUUUGAAGGCAAGCGAUUGGAGCACAGCGCGGGGGUGAGGACGCCCGCCGUCAGCAUACACGUUACCCUACUCAACCAUAAAGCUGUAGUUUCAAGACAUAUCAGGCUUUUUUGAGCGCAAAAUCGAGGUGAAUAGCCCGGACGCUCUAGCUCGCUGAAUCAAGGAAGAUUUUUAAUUCUUAAAACGUGUCCGAGUUCGAGACGGGAAGACAUGGCCACGACUACAUGUACGCGCUUCACGGACGAAUAUCAGCUGUACGAGGAGCUGGGCAAGGGAGCAUUUUCAGUUGUGCGACGAUGUGUGAAGUUGAGCACGGGGCAAGAAUACGCCGCCAAAAUUAUCAACACGAAAAAACUCUCCGCCAGAGACCAUCAGAAGCUUGAACGGGAAGCUCGAAUCUGUCGUCUGCUGAAACAUCCCAAUAUCGUUCGUCUGCAUGACAGUAUAUCAGAGGAGGGCUUCCACUACCUACUGUUUGAUUUGGUGACUGGAGGUGAACUGUUUGAAGACAUUGUAGCCAGAGAGUACUACAGUGAAGCAGAUGCCAGUCACUGUAUCCAUCAGAUUCUAGACAGUGUCCAUCAUAUUCACCAACAUGACAUAGUGCACAGGGACCUGAAGCCAGAGAAUCUGCUCUUGGCCAGUAAGUGCAAGAACGCCGCUGUGAAGCUGGCCGACUUUGGACUGGCCAUUGAGGUGCAGGGAGACCAGCAGGCAUGGUUUGGAUUUGCAGGGACACCAGGUUACCUGUCCCCUGAGGUGCUGAGAAAGGAAGCAUAUGGCAAACCGGUGGACAUCUGGGCCUGCGGUGUGAUUCUGUACAUUCUGCUGGUUGGAUAUCCACCUUUCUGGGAUGAGGAUCAGCACAAACUUUAUCAGCAGAUCAAAGCGGGAGCUUAUGAUUUUCCAUCUCCCGAAUGGGACACAGUUACUCCUGAAGCCAAAAAUCUCAUCAAUCAAAUGCUAACCAUAAACCCUGCCAAGAGAAUCACUGCACAGGAAGCUCUCAAACACCCAUGGGUCUGCCAACGCUCUACUGUGGCUUCCAUGAUGCACAGACAAGAGACUGUGGAAUGCCUGAAGAAGUUCAACGCCAGGAGGAAACUCAAGGGGGCCAUCCUCACCACCAUGCUUGUGUCACGGAACUUCUCUGUGGGUAGCAGACAGACCACGGCUCCCGCCUCGGUCACUGCGGCUGCGGCUGCAGUAGCCGCGGCUGCAGGCACCACAGCAGGGCUGGUGGAACAAGCAGCCAAGAGCUUGUUGAACAAAAAAGCUGACGUUAAGAAACGGAAGUCGAGCUCUACCAUUCAGUACAUGCCCCAGACAAACAGCACCAAAAACAGCAUAGUCACCAGUCCCAAGGGAAACCUCCCCUCUCCUGCACUGGAGGCACAGACCACUGUCAUCCAUAAUGCAGUGGAUGGGAUUAAGGAGUCGUCGGACAGCAGUAAUGCCACAGUGGAGGAUGAGGAAAUGAAAGCACGCAAACAGGAGAUCAUCAAAAUCACUGAACAGCUUAUUGAGGCCAACAACAAUGGCGACUUUGAAGCAUAUGCUAAAAUAUGUGACCCUGGACUCACCUGCUUUGAACCUGAGGCCUUGGGAAACCUGGUGGAGGGGAUGGACUUCCACAGAUUUUACUUUGAGAACUUGCUGUCUAAGAACAGUAAGCCCAUCCACACCACCAUCCUGAACCCUCACGUGCACCUGAUUGGAGACGAGGCCGCUUGCAUCGCCUACAUCCGCCUCACGCAAUAUGUGGAUGUGCAGGGCCGGCCGCACAGCAGCCAAUCAGAAGAGACGAGGGUGUGGCAUCGCCGGGACUCUAAAUGGCAGAAUGUCCAUUUCCACUGUUCGGGAGCUCCAGCCGCCCCUCUACAGUAAAGGUUGAGCUCAUUGUAGCCACAUCUAACAAGAGUGCCCAGCCAGAAAUGGAGAGUGCAAGAGUGAAAAAGAGAGCGUGAGGGAGGGGGGAAGUUGGAGAGCGGGAGGAAGGAAAGCAAACCCAGUGUUGGGUGGCUGUGAGUCUUCAGUGCCUGACCCUCCCACACUGGGCUCGGCCCCCUCACCUGUCAAUCACUUCUGUGCGUCGUCUUCUGUCUUACCUUCAACUUUCCCCCCUCCCUCCCAGGCACCGUCUUUGUAUCUUUACACCCGUGCAGAGACUCCCCUUGUUGUGCACAUGUGCUGUGUGGAGUUGGACAGUGUUUGAUAAGUACAGAUAAUAAGGCCUCAGCGAAGUGCUUUCUGUUGCACCUUCCCAGUGUGAGUUAUGUUACACUGAUUCGCCGUCCUCACUUACAGUGUGUAGAUUUUCAAUAUUGUUGUUAUUAUUAUUAUUAUUAUUAUUAUUAACAUUGUUCUUACUGUUGUUAUUAGUAUUAAAACAAAAGCAAUUGUAAAAGUAGCUUUUCACAAAAUUCAUGUUCUGGAUGCCAAUGAUUUUGAAUUUAUGCCUUUUCUUUCCUAACGUUUUUGAAGAGCAUGAUUUUUUCAGUAUAUCAAAAGCAUUUAUGUACAGGCUUCUCCGUGUGAUUCACAGCCAACCGAUGCAUCAGUCCAUGUGUGUUCAGACGUUAGUGGACAUUUGUUGGUAUGUGUGACUGUUUUGGGGCAGAUUCUACCAGAGCCUGAUAAAGAAUGAUGUGAUGUCCGGGGUCUUCCAGCUUAUACCAGUCAUUAUUUCUCACAUCAUUAGCUCAGAUUUGGAAUAAUUCAGCAGAUUUGCUGUCAGUUGGCGAACUGCAUAUUGAAUGAAUAAUUCCUUGUUCUGGAAAGCCACAAUUGUGCUUUAUAUGUAACCUGUUACACCAAUUGCAAUGUUAGUGUUAUUUUAAUGUUGCGAUGUUUAGAAUUUUUUUUGUUACUUCUUCAGUUGAGUCAGUGGUAUUAGGAAAGCGCCUAUUCAAGUUGGGCCGAUCAAACUAAAAGCCAUACUUCAGUUUAACAUACAGUAGGUAUACUAGAUUACCUCUUCAUUUCUGUUUUAAGACUAUGGAAAGAUGUGGAUAUCCAAUGACAUCAUUAGAGGAAAUUGUUCUUAAAAAUCAAACUCUUGUAUCUCUACACUAGUCAUAGUGGAGGUUUAAAGUCAUUGGAGGCCAUUAAAGAGCAGCUGAUUGAAGGAAUUUUAGCUGACGGUUACAUAUUUUUGCUUUUUUUUGUUUUUUUAGAUGUUGACAUUUAUAUUCUUCGUGGCAUAUUGUUGACUUAUAUUACUUAUUCUAUUUUUGAGAGUUUAUAUAUAUUUAGUUUGUCGCCUGUGUGUGAGAUUUUACAGGAGAGUGAAAAUUUUGUUACCCUGGAACCUUUUCAAAGUGUGUUUACUAGUGGUCGACCGAUAUAUCUGCAAGGCCGAUAUUUGUCAUUUUUCAAAUAUCGGCAUCGAGCUGAUAAGUUUUUCUGCUUGGUCGAUGUGUUCGAGCCGGGACUUUUAUUUUGACGGCGCUGAGAGCGGCAGCGCCUGAGCACGCGCAGUGCUCACACUCUCUCUCUUGUUCAUCGUCAUCAUUAAUCGUUCUGUCUAAUACAGAUAGAAGUCUGUCUAAUAAUCAGAUAGAACCGUUA